GUAUCCGGGCCCAAGGUCACCGGGCGACCGGCAGAUGCGUGCUGCAGGCCCUGGCCACAUGAGCAGCGCUACGGACGCGACUGCCCCGGCCUUGGAUAUGCCAGAUCGAGUGUCCACCCGUUCGUGGGACUGGUCGCCUGACUCGGCCUGCCCCAGCCUCUGCUUCACCCCACUGGUGGCCAAAUAGCCAAUGUCUAAUCCCCCACACAAGCUCAUCCCCGGCCUCUGGGGAUUGUUGGGAAUUCUCUCCCUAAUUCACGCCUGAGGCUUAUGGAGAGUUGCUAGACCUGGGACUGCCCUGGGAGGCGCACACAACCAGGCCAGUUGGCAGCCAAGACCUCUCCCAUGUCCCUGCUUUUCUUGGCUCGGUGACUCAGCCCGGCAACCAUGCCAGGGCUGAACUAGCUGACACGGGGGGAGGAGCCCCGAAGUGGAAGAGAGAGAUCCUCCUUUCACUUUCCCUACCCCUCAGGACACACAGGACAGCCAUGGCUCCAAAGCGGAAACCCUCAGUACAGACUGAGGGCCCUGAGAAGAAGAAGGGCCGGCAGGCAGGAAGGGAGGAGGACCCCUUUUGCUCCACCGCUGAGGCCCUCAAGGCCAUACCGGCAGAGAAGCGCAUAAUCCGCACGGAUCCAACAUGUCCACUCAGCAGCAACCCCGGGACCCAGGUGUAUGAGGACUACGACUGCACCCUGAACCAGACCAACAUCGGGAACAACAACAACAAGUUCUACAUCAUCCAGCUGCUCCAAGACGGCGACCGCUUCACCUGCUGGAACCGCUGGGGCCGUGUGGGAGAGGUCGGCCAGUCGAAGAUCAACCACUUCACAAGGCUAGAAGAUGCAAAGAAGGACUUUGAGAAGAAAUUUCGGGAAAAGACCAAGAACAACUGGGCGGAGCGGGACCGCUUUGUGGCUCACCCGGGCAAGUACACACUUAUCGAAGUACAGGGAGAGGAUGAGGCCCAGGAAGCUGUGGUAAAGGUGGACGGAGGCCCAGUGAGGACUGUGGCUAAGCGGGUGCAGCCCUGCUCCCUGGACCCAGCCACGCAGAAGCUCGUCACUAACAUCUUCAGCAAGGAGAUGUUCAAGAACACCAUGGCCCUCAUGGACCUGGAUGUGAAGAAGAUGCCCCUGGGAAAGCUGAGCAAGCAACAGAUUGCACGGGGCUUCGAGGCCUUGGAGGCGCUGGAGGAGGCCCUGAAAGGCCCCAUGGACGGUGGCCAAAGCCUGGAGGAGCUGUCCUCCCACUUUUACACUGUCAUCCCGCACAACUUCGGCCGCAGCCGGCCCCCGCCCAUCAAUUCCCCUGAGCUUCUGCAGGCCAAGAAGGACAUGCUGCUGGUGCUGGCGGACAUCGAGCUGGCCCAGGCCCUGCAGGCAGCCUCUGAGCAGGAGAAGAUGGUGGAGGAGGUGCCACACCCCCUGGACCGAGACUACCAGCUUCUCAAGUGCCAGCUGCAGCUGCUAGACUCUGGAGCACCUGAGUACAAGGUGAUACAGACCUACUUAGAACAGACUGGCAGCAACCACAGGUGCCCUACUCUUCAACACAUCUGGAAAGUAAACCGAGAUGGGGAGGAAGACAGAUUCCAGGUCCACUCCAAACUGGGUAAUCGGAAGCUGCUGUGGCACGGCACCAACGUGGCCGUGGUGGCCGCCAUCCUCACUAGUGGGCUCCGCAUCAUGCCACAUUCUGGUGGGCGUGUUGGCAAGGGCAUCUACUUUGCCUCAGAGAACAGCAAGUCAGCUGGAUAUGUUACUGGCAUGAAGUGUGGGGCCCACGAUGUCGGCUACAUGUUCCUGGGUGAGGUGGCCCUGGGCAGAGAGCACCAUAUCAACACGGACAACCCCAGCUUGAAGAGCCCACCUCCCGGCUUCGACAGUGUCAUUGCCCGAGGCCACACUGAGCCUGAUCCGACCCAAGACACUGAGUUGGAGCUGGAUGGCCAGCAAGUGGUGGUGCCCCAGGGCCAGCCUGUGCCCUGCCCAGAGUUCAGCAGCUCCACAUUCUCCCAGAGCGAGUACCUCAUCUACCAGGAGAGCCAGUGUCGCCUGCGCUACCUGCUGGAGGUCCACCUCUGAGUGCCCGCCUUGUCCCCCAGGGUCCUGCAAGGCUGGACCAUGAUCUUCAAUCAUCCUGCCCAUCUCUGGUACCCCUAUAUCACUCCUUUUUUUCAAGAAUACAAUACGUUGUUGUUAACUAUAGUCACCAUGCUGUACAAGAUCCCUGAACUUAUGCCUCCUAACUGAAAUUUUGUAUUCUUUGACUCACAUCUGCCCAGUCCCUCUCCUCCCAGCCCAUGGUAACCAGCAUUUGACUCUUUACUUGUAUAAGGGCAGCUUUUAUAGGUUCCACAUGUAAGUGAGAUCAUGCAGUGUUUGUCUUUCUGUGCCUGGCUUAUUUCACUCAGCAUAAUGUGCACCGGGUUCACCCAUGUUUUCGUAAAGGACAAGAUUUCCUCCUUUUUUAA